AUGGCAACAAACCACAGCAACGGCAGCUCCGACGACGCCACCUCCCUCGUCGAAAUCCCGCCGCCGAAAAUACGGUUCACCAAGCUCUUCAUCGGCGGCGACUUCGUCGACUCUGUUUCAGGGAGAACUUUCGAGACGAUUGACCCGAGGACAGGGGAGACGAUAGCGAAGGUAUCAGAAGGAGAUAAAGAGGACAUCGAUUUAGCCGUCGGAGCUGCCCGCCGUGCUUUCGACCACGGCCCUUGGCCCCGCUUGCCCGGCGCGGCAAGGGCAAAAAUCAUGCACAAAUUCGCGGACCUAAUCGACCAGCACAUCGAGGAGCUGGCGACCCUCGACAGCCUCAACGCCGGCAAGCUGUUCGCCUGGGGCAAGGCCGCCGACAUCCCCUCCGUGGCCAACACCCUCCGCUACUACGCCGGCGCCGCCGACAAGAUCCACGGCGAGGUCCUGAAGAUGUCGAGGGAGCUCCACGCCUACACGCUCCGCGAGCCCGUGGGCGUGGUGGGGCACAUCAUCCCGUGGAACUUCCCCAGCACCAUGUUCUUCAUGAAGGUCAGCCCGGCCCUCGCCGCCGGCUGCACAAUGGUCGUCAAGCCCGCCGAGCAGACCCCGCUCUCCGCCCUCUUCUACGCUCACCUCGCCAAAGAGGCCGGUGUUCCUGAUGGAGUAAUCAACGUGGUGAACGGAUUUGGGCCGACCGCCGGCGCCGCACUUGCUUCCCAUAUGGACGUCGAUAAGGUGAGUUUUACAGGGUCAACCGAAGUGGGCCGGAAAGUGAUGCAGGCAGCAGCAACCAGCAAUCUGAAACCGGUUUCCCUCGAGCUCGGCGGCAAAUCUCCCCUCCUAAUCUUCGACGACGCCGACGUCGACAAGGCCGCGGAUCUCGCCCUCCUGGGGAUCCUGUACAACAAGGGCGAAGUCUGCGUGGCGAGCUCGCGAGUUUUUGUGCAGGAAGGGAUCUACGACGAGUUCGUGAAGACGCUGGCGGUGAAGGCGAAAGAUUGGGUUGUUGGGGAUCCUUUUAACCCGAAAUCUCGUCUGGGUCCACAGGUUGAUAAGAAUCAGUACGAGAAGAUCUUGGCUUACAUUGAGCAUGGCAAGAGAGAAGGAGCGACAUUGUUGACCGGCGGGAAACCGGCUUCCAAGAAGGGGUACUACAUUCAGCCGACUGUUUUCACUGAUGUCACGGAGGACAUGAAGAUAGUGAAGGACGAGAUCUUCGGCCCCGUCAUGGCGCUAAUGAAGUUCACAACGAUGGAGGAAGGGAUCAAAGCGGCGAACAACACUCGGUACGGGCUGGCGGCGGGGAUCGUGACGAAGAGCCUGGACACGGCGAACACGGUGGCGAGGUCGAUCAGGGCCGGGGUGAUAUGGAUCAACUGCUACUUCGCGUUCGACAACGACUGCCCUUACGGCGGGUACAAGUCGAGCGGGUUCGAGCGGGAUUUGGGGCUGGAGGCUCUGCAUAAGUACCUCCAGGUCAAAUCUGUGGUCACUCCCCUUUACAACUCUCCGUGGCACUGA